CAACAACAGCAAAAAAAAAAAAAAAACAAACACCCCAACCAACCAAAACUCUUGACAGGAGCUUUGACGAAAGAGGAUGCCUCAUAAAGGGGGAAGACUUUAACUAGGGGCGCGCAGAUGUGUGAGACCUUUUAUUGUAAGAGUGGACAGACUUCCCAGAUUUCAGAGCCCCAUUUUCGAGCCCCGUGGGAUCCCGCGGCCCCCAGCCAGCGCCAGCAUGCAGAACAGUCACAGCGGAGUGAAUCAGCUCGGUGGUGUCUUUGUCAACGGGCGGCCACUGCCGGACUCCACCCGGCAGAAGAUCGUAGAGCUAGCUCACAGCGGGGCCCGGCCGUGCGACAUUUCCCGAAUUCUGCAGACCCAUGCAGAUGCAAAAGUCCAAGUGCUGGACAAUCAAAACGUGUCCAACGGAUGUGUGAGUAAAAUUCUGGGCAGGUAUUACGAGACUGGCUCCAUCAGACCCAGGGCAAUCGGUGGUAGUAAACCGAGAGUAGCGACUCCAGAAGUUGUAAGCAAAAUAGCCCAGUAUAAGCGGGAGUGCCCGUCCAUCUUUGCUUGGGAAAUCCGAGACAGAUUAUUGUCCGAGGGGGUCUGUACCAACGAUAACAUACCAAGUGUGUCAUCAAUCAACAGAGUUCUUCGCAACCUGGCUAGCGAAAAGCAACAGAUGGGCGCAGACGGCAUGUAUGAUAAACUAAGGAUGUUGAAUGGGCAGACCGGAAGCUGGGGUACCCGCCCCGGUUGGUAUCCGGGGACUUCUGUGCCAGGGCAACCUACACAAGAUGGCUGCCAGCAACAGGAAGGAGGGGGAGAGAAUACCAACUCUAUCAGUUCCAAUGGAGAAGAUUCAGAUGAGGCCCAAAUGCGACUUCAGCUGAAGCGGAAGCUGCAAAGAAAUAGAACAUCCUUUACCCAAGAGCAAAUUGAGGCCCUGGAGAAAGAGUUUGAGAGAACCCAUUAUCCAGAUGUGUUUGCCCGAGAAAGACUAGCGGCCAAAAUAGAUCUACCUGAAGCAAGAAUACAGGUAUGGUUUUCUAAUCGGAGGGCCAAAUGGCGAAGAGAAGAAAAACUGAGGAAUCAGAGGAGACAGGCCAGCAACACACCCAGUCACAUCCCCAUCAGCAGUAGUUUCAGCACCAGUGUCUACCAGCCAAUCCCACAACCCACCACGCCUGUUUCCUCCUUCACCUCUGGCUCCAUGUUGGGCCGGACAGACACAGCCCUCACAAACACGUACAGCGCUCUGCCACCCAUGCCCAGCUUCACCAUGGCGAAUAACCUGCCUAUGCAACCCCCAGUCCCCAGCCAGACCUCUUCGUACUCCUGCAUGCUGCCCACCAGCCCUUCGGUGAACGGGCGGAGUUAUGAUACCUACACCCCCCCACAUAUGCAGACACACAUGAACAGUCAGCCAAUGGGCACCUCGGGCACCACUUCCACAGGACUCAUUUCCCCUGGUGUGUCAGUUCCCGUUCAAGUUCCUGGAAGUGAACCUGAUAUGUCUCAAUAUUGGCCAAGAUUACAGUAA